AUGCCGUCCUUCCCACCUGCCAGCAAGCCUCGAGGUCCCGUGCUCGUCAACGACGACGAAAUCUACGGCACCUUCGACGGGCGUCCUAGCCUUCAAGACACGAACACAGAAGCAGCUAAUGGCCCCUCCAGCACUAGAAUCAGUGGACUGCUGCGCGUUGCUGCGGUCGCGGGACUUGUCCUGCUUGCAGCAGGGUACGUGACGAAAUCCAGCCCAACCAUCAGCGCCGGCGACGGAAACAAUCGUGUGCAAGCUGCAGCUACUGUGGUAAACGAUGAAGUUGUGUCAAAGUUGUCCGUCGCCGAUCUCCACCAGCAAUUCGUUGCCAACGUCGACGCCGGCAACAUGCGCGAGUACUUGCACAAGUAUUCGAGUGCCCCACACAGUUGCGGUACGGAGCAGGACUACAAGACAGCGUUGUACACGGCCGAGAAGCUCGAGUCGUUCGGGAUCAAGGCCGAGAUCAAAGAGUACUACACGCUGCUUUCGACGCCAAUCCAUCGGCGUCUUGCGAUCGUGGAGCCUGCGGGAGCUGCGCGCGAGCUGAACCUGACUGAAGCGUCCGUGCCUGGAGAUACUUGCACAAUUGACGACAGUGCGCUGCCCCCUUUCGUAGCGUAUGCCGCUACUGGGAACGUCACCUCUUCCAUCGUGUUCGUGAACUUCGGCAAGCAGGCGGAUUUCGAGUGGCUCGUUGCCAACAAUGUCACGCUUGAGGGCAAGAUCGCGCUUGUGCGGUACGGCGGCAACUUCCGCGGACUGAAGGCCAUGGCCGCUGAGCAGCACGGUAUGGUGGGCGUACUGAUUUACUCGGACCCCAAGGAAGACGGCUUCGUGCAGGGUCCAGUAUAUCCCGAAGGUCCGUGGCGUCCCGAGGGCUCUUUCCAGCGUGGAUCAUUGACAUACCUUUCACUUGCUGCCGGAGACCCGUCGACGCCCGGUUGGGCAUCUGUGGAGGGGUCUUACCAUAUUCCGUACGAAGAAGUGGAGACAAUCCCCCACAUCCCUGCACUACCGCUAUCGUACGGCCAGGCACAGCAUAUUCUCCGAUCUCUGGGCGGCAAGGAAGCACCUGCGUCGUGGCAAGGAGGCUUGGCGCUGCCGAACGGCUACCGUAUUGGCGAUGAUGAAGCGACUGUGGUGAAUCUGGACAUCGAAAUCGACAACAAAGUGGGCCCUAUCUGGGACGUCAUCGGAACAAUCGAAGGCUCCGAGGAGCCCGACGAGCUGGUACUUUUGGGCAACCACCGCGAUGCCUGGGUAUGUGGCGCCAUUGAUCCAAACAGCGGAUCGUCGGUACUCCUCGAGAUUGCGCGCGGGUAUGGCGAGCUGCUCAAGCGAGGCUGGAAGCCUCGACGCACGUUGAUUUUUGGCUCUUGGGACGGAGAAGAGUACGGGCUGCUGGGUAGCACUGAAUACGCCGAGGAGAACGCCGAACUCUUCAAGAAGCAGGCUGUGGCAUACCUCAACGUGGACUCCAUGAUGGGUCCGUUGGUCAGCGCCAGUGCCAGCCCCGCCAUCGCAGAGUUUCUUUACCAGACGGCGAAGGACGUACCGGCGAACAAAUUCCGUGGUAACGAAACCGAGAGCUCACUGUACGAGCAAUGGACCAACCAAGCUGUUGUCCGUCGUCAGUUCCUUCAUGGUGACGGAACUCUUGGCCCCGAGCACUUAAUCAGCUUCAUGGGCUCGGGGUCAGAUUACACGGCGUUCUACCAGCAUCUCGGGAUUAUCUCGGCCAACUUGGGCUUCUCGCUCGCUCGCGCUCCGUACGGCGUUUACCACAGCUCAAUGGACAGCAUCAUGUACUCGGAGCUGUAUGCUGAUCCAAACUACGCCACCCACGUAGCUACUGCGCAAUGGUGGGGGCUGCUUGGACUGCGACUUGCUGAUAACCGAGUGCUGCCGUUUGACUUUACGACGUACGGCUUCGUGAUGGUGGAGGAUCUGGCCAGUCUGGAGCAACAGGUUGCAGCGCUCCCUCGGCCCGACGUGAACUUCAGUGAGCUGCGUAGCGCCAUCGCUCGCUUCACUGCAAGUGCCAACACUUUCCACGCGCAGCUCACGGCAUUCGUGUCGAACGAGACCCUCAGUGCGGACGCCGACGCAUUGCAUGCUUGGAACAAGAAACUGGUGCUGCUCGAGCGUCACUUGAUCACCAAGGAGGGGCUUCCGCACCGCCCCUGGUACAAGCAUGUCAUCUUCGGCCCCGGAUUCUACGAAGGGUACGCUGGAGCUGCCUUCCCGGGGAUCUCGGACGCCAUUGCGUUCUACGAUGACAGCGAAACCAUUCAAGCCCAUGUCGAUGAGGUGGCUCGCAUUGUGAAUGACGCAGCAGACUAUUUGUUGUAG